CAGUUGUUUUUUGGGACACACAUCAAUAACAAAUUUUUAUUUCUCUCUCUUAAAUGCAUAAUAAUUUUGCUAAUCAUUUUCUCUUCUGAUUCCGGCGACGAUUACCGGGGAAUGUUUUCCGAUGACGGUCUGGUUUCUUUAAAGAGGUAAGUCCAUGCUUCUGAGUAAUUGGCUAGGUGAAGAAUUAUCCUCUCUCUGAAGUGCAGUAUGAUUGCAUCAACUGCAAGGCAUGAGAGCUGAUUGCUUUGAUCUACCAAAAUCUUUAUAAAGAGCUGAAAAGCAGAUAUAUUCCAGCUGGUUUCCUUGUUGUGCACAAGAUGGCGUGUGAAGAAAUUCUGAAGGCUGUAUUCCCAUUUCUGGAGGGCACUGAACUGGCUACAUGUAUGAUUGUGUGCAAACAGUGGCGAGAUAUUGCACGAGAUGAUUACUUCUGGAAAUGUCUUUGUUGUAAAAAAUGGCCAUCUAUUUGCAAACGGUCAUCACCUCCCACUGUAACAUACUAUAAUCUAUUUCAGAACUUCCAUAAACGUCCAUACCGCCGGACUGUUCUCCCUCCUAAACUUUCCUUCAGUGACUUAGAGUUCUACAUUGACAUAUGGACUGAAGAGAACAUAAUAUUUUCAGAUGUGGUCCCAGGGCCUGUUCUUCAGAAGGGAAUCUGGAUCCCACCUCCCGGAAUCUGUGAUGUGCUUAGGUUCCACUUGGAAGGGCCUGAAUACAAGAUGACUCUACCUGUGGAACCAAGAUUUACAAUUCCUUUGUGCCAGACAGUCAGCGUCUCUGUGCUUGUUGGGCGCAAAGAUACAAAUAAAGUUGCAUGCAUUAUCAAGAAGUCCCUUUUUGAUUAUAUAGAUCGAACAGCAUAUCGGGCUUUAGCUUAUGACUAUCUUGACUUCUCCUCUCCCAUGUGCUUGUUUGUAUCGGGUGUUCGGGCAUGGAUAUCUUUGCUGUUCAUGGACCAUGGUAAUGAGGGGGCACUUGAUGUUUUCGGGAUUGAGAUGGAUUUCUGCGAUGCUGCCAAUUCUGAAGACGAGGUCCUUUGGCUUCUAGACAUGCUGGAGUGGAAGUAAGUUCAGUGACUUCCAGAUAUCCGUCGGGUGACCAGUCACCUGGUUGUAGUAUGUCCACUUUGGCUAAAACUUGUACAUAGUUAUGCUGCUAGAGUGGACGAUCAUUCAAGUUGUGCACUAAGCUGAAUUCCAACUUAAAGUUAUUUUUUCUGAAGUACAGUUCUAGUUUGGUACUCGUAUAUCAUUUCAUGUAUUAAUUUUCUCUGACUUAUGCUGCAAAACCUGUUCAUCUUUUUCUCUCUUCUCUGAUGCAGACUCUCUUAAAUAUCAUAGUUGAUUUAGAUUUUGUUUGCUUGUUAA